CGUUUGGGCUCAGAGAUUGCCGACCUCCACUGCCUUGCCGCUAUGCCACCUGGAGGUGGUGUUUCGAUUACCUCCAUCAACAGAGAGACCAACAUCGAUGAAAUCAUUGAAGAGGUGCGGCGGCGCAAGGAGGCGGGAAUGCCUCAGCUUGGCAAAGCGAGCAUGGUGGACUAUGAGUUGUGCAAAAAACGUGAUGAACUUCAACGGAAGGUUCGACCUGAAUUGGUCUUUGACUCACAGAGGCACAUUCAGAAGAUGCGGGCCAACCUCCAAGCUGAUCCCAAUUUUGAUGUGAUGCACAACCCAUCCAUCACCUUCAGCGAUCACUCCACUAGCACGGUGGCGAAGAGCUGUGCAGGAAGUAGCACCUUUGUGGAUCUUCUAAAGAAACAGUAUGGCCAAGUUUGAUGGAGGUUUGGCUUGGGGUUUCUGAGCCGCACUUGAUGACCAAGGCGACGUGAAACGUGCGCCGGUGAUCAUCGAGCACCUGAUUGAGGUAUUCUCCCAAGAUCUCCCAAGAAAAUCAUGGAAGCCACGGAUGGGGAUGGGUUCAAAC